GGAAGUAUGAACAAGGAUUCUGUGUCUCUGAUGCUGCUUACUCUGGGGAGAAGUCUCAGGGAGAUGGGCUACGUACUUUCUGUCUUUGCAUUAGGAGAUGGAGAAGCUCGCACAUUAUGGGAAAAUAUUGAUUUCCAUGUGUCAGUUUUGGGUUCUGAUCAUGCAAUCUUGAUUGACUGGACAAGCUUUGAAGGUGUCUUGUUUAGCUCCCUUGAAGCGAAAAGAGUUAUCUCAAGUUUAAUGCAAGAUCCUUUUAGGUCCGUACCACUUAUAUGGCUUAUUCAGGAGGGUAACCUUAGCAAGCGCCUUUCCUCAUAUAUAGCCUCGGGGAACGAAGAUCUUAUCUCUGGGUGGAGAAGUGCUUUCAGUAGGGCAAACGUUGUGGUGUUUUCAGAUUUCUCUCUACCACUGCUGUACACUUCAUUGGAUAGUGGAAACUUUUACGUGAUUCCUGGAUCUCCAGCUGAUGUCUGGUCGGCAAAGAGGUACAUCACAUCUCAUUCUCGGCUUGCUUUACGGGAAAAGUAUGGAUUCAACGAGGAUGAUCUAAUAAUUACUGUUAUGGGGAGUUAUUUUUUCUACGAUGAUAUGCCAUGGAGCUAUGCUGCUAGCAUGCUAACACAACAGUUUAUGAAAAUUACGAGAAUAAAGGACCUUGGAGGAAAAUUAAAUUUUGCUUUCUUGUGUGGGAACACAACAGAUUCUCUUAGUUCUGAUUUUCAGGAGCUUGCUUCACGUAUGAGCUUUCCUCUUGAUUCUGUACAGCAUUAUGGCAUGGAUACUGAUGUGAAUGGUGCCAUAAUGAUUUCUGAUAUAGUCCUUUAUUGGUCCUUCCAAGAGGAGCAGAAUUUUCCUCCACUUUUAGUGCGCGCCAUGUCUUUCCAAAUCCCAAUCAUUGUUCCUGAUUUUUCUAUCAUAACUAAAUAUGUUAAUGAUAAAAUCCAUGGUCUUGUUUUCUGCCCUCAAGAUAUAGACAGCUUGGCAAGUGCUUUCUUACUUCUUAUAGAAGAUAAAAGGCUGUCAACGAUGGCAUAUUCAGUUGCUAACGAGGGGAGGUUAUUGGCUGAAAAUAUGUUUGCUUCUGAUUGUAUCAUUGAUUUUGCAAUUCUUCUAGAAAGGAUGCUACACUUUCCAUCUGAUUCAUUCCUUCCAGAGUCCGUUUCUCAAAUUAAGCAACGAACAUGGGCAUGGGAUUUGCUUGGCAAUGAAAAUGAUCAAAACAAUCGUUUUCAACAUCAGGGUUCAUGGAACUUUUCUGCAAUCCAGGACGAAAGAGUACCUGAUAAAUCUCAAAUAUGUCCCCAAGUUAUUAAUGAGUCUGCCUCACUGGUCUAUCCCACUCAACUUGAUUGGAAUGAUCUCAGCCAGAUGGAAAUUGCUGAAGAUUUUGAGAGACAGGAAAUGGAGGAGAUUGCAGAAAGGAUGGAAAGAGAUUUGGGAUCUUGGGAGGAUGUAUAUCGGAAUGCCAAAAAGUCUGAAAAGCUUAGAUUUGAAGUUAAUGAGCGUGAUGAAGGUGACCUAGAAAGGACUGGACAGUCAUUGUGUAUUUAUGAAAUUUAUAAUGGACAAGGAAUAUGGCCAUUUCUACACCAUGGCUCUCUAUUUCGUGGUAUAAGUCUUUCUAGAAGUGCUCGAAGGCCAAGAUCAGAUGAUGUGGAUGCAGUUAGUCGGCUUCCAAUUUUGAAUGAUUCUUAUUACAAAGACAUUCUUUGUGAAUUUGGUGCCAUGUUUUCCAUUGCUAAUAAAGUGGAUAACAUUCACAAAAUACCAUGGAUUGGUUUUCAAUCGUGGCAUACUUCAGGAAAGAAUGUUGCCUUAUCUGCCAGGGCUGAAAAAGUACUAGAGAAUGCAAUAUUAGAUUCAAACAAAGGGGAUGCUAUUUUUUAUUGGGUGUUGUUGGAGAUGGACUGGAAGGAUGUAAAAGGAAAUAUAAAUGCUGAUUUUUGGUCAUUGUGUGAUGUUAAGAAUGCUGGAAAAUGCAGAACUGCUUUCGAGAGUGCAUUCAGAUCCAUGUAUGCGAUUCCCCUUCAAAUCUCAAGCUUGCCGCCAAUGCCAUCUGAUGGUGGCCAGUGGUCUACUCUUCACAGCUGGGUGAUGCCAACAUCCUCAUUUCUGGAAUUCAUCAUGUUCUCAAGAAUAUUUGUUGAUUCACUUGAUAGCUUGUUCCAAAAUGCGAACUACAGCUCUGAUUCUUGUUUCCUUGGAAUUUCUGAGCUAGAGAGAAGUCACUGCUAUUGCCGUCUACUGGAAGUUCUUGUGAAUGUCUGGGCUUAUCAUAGUGGCAGACGAAUGUUUUACCUGGAACCAAACUCCGGCAAUCUUGAAGAAAAUCAUCCCAUCGGUGAACGGACAAUGUGGGCGAAAUAUUUCAGCCCUGCAUUGAUUAAAAACAUGGAUGAGGAUUUGGCAGAGGAAGCUGAUGACAAAAUGCAUUCUAAUGGAAGAUGGCUCUGGCCUUUAACUGGAGAAGUGCAUUGGCAGGGGAUACUGGACAGAGAAAGGGAGGAUAGAUACAGGAAAAAGAUGGAGAAGAAAAGGAAAAUUAAGGAAAAGUUAUUAGAUAGGCAUAAGUAUGGAUACAAACAGAAAGCUCUAGGAAUUCCCUAGUCUAUAUUGGUAUAUAAAUGAAAAAAUUUUGUUAGGAUAUUUUCAUGGAUCUGCUAUCAUAUUCUUUCCCACAGUUAGCUCUUACCUCUGAAAAGAAUUUAGGUAAUUUACUUCCUAUAUGCUGUAAUUUCCUAUUAAUUUAUUUCUAUUUCUUUUAAUUAUAUUUCUUUUAUCAGCUAAACAGCAAAAAAAUCAUCAUUUUUAUAUUUCUCAUUUUAACUGACGCUAGUGUACUUGGUGUACAUUCAAAUUUUCUAUAAGAAGUUACUCUCGAAAUGGGAGCGUUUAAGCA